GGGGACGAGCCCAUACGACACGUCGCGUCUCUUUGAAUGUGGAGGAAAACUUUGCGCGAUAAAUUAUUUCCGUAUCGAAUUUUAUUGAACUGAUUUGUAAUAUACAUGACCAUAAUAUGGAAUACGACGAUGAAAACCAUCACGAACAAAAACGCCGCAAACAGAUCCGUGUUUGGACCGAUGGUUGCUUUGAUAUGGUUCACUUCGGUCACGCAAAUGCGCUUCGACAAGCGAAAGCAAUGGGCGACGUUCUUCUAGUAGGCGUUCACUCCGAUGCAGAAAUCACCUUACAUAAAGGACCGCCCGUUUUCACCCAGGAAGAAAGGUACAAGAUGGUUCGAGCUAUUAAAUGGGUCGAUGAAGUGGUUAUGGGCGCUCCAUAUGUAACUACGGUUGAAACCCUUGACGAGUACAACUGCGAUUUCUGUGUUCAUGGUGAUGACAUCACCUUGAGUGCAGAUGGAAAGGAUACUUAUGAAGAAGUUAAGAGUGCAGGCCGAUAUAAAGAGUGCAAGCGUACAGCUGGGGUAUCAACCACAAAUCUUGUAGGAAGGAUGCUUCUCAUGACCAAGGAACACUUUGAUAGGGCACCAUCGCCAAUAGGAAAUUUGGACCCUACUCAGGUCAAUAAGGCCAGUUCUGAUCCAUCCGCUAAGAGCCCUUGGACAUGUGUAUCCCAUUUUUUGCCCACCUCUCAGAGGAUUGUCCAGUUCUCAGAUGGAAAGGAGCCUAAUCCUGGGGACAAAAUAGUGUAUGCUGCUGGAGCAUUUGACCUCUUCCAUGUUGGUUUGCUAGAUUUCCUUGAAACUGCCAAGAAUGAAGGUGACUAUCUUAUUGUUGGCCUUCACACAGAUCAGGUUGUCAACCGUUACAAGGGAAGUAACUAUCCCAUCAUGAGUCUACAUCAAAGAGUGCUUAGUGUCCUGGCCUGUCGUCAUGUUGAUCAGGUGAUCAUUGGUGCACCCUACAGAGUAACUUCAGAGUUGCUGGAACAGUUCAAGGUACUACAUUCUUUACAUAAUUAUUGUUGCUGUGGUUUAAGGCCUGCAGCUGUUUUGUGAUUUUUUGAAACAAUAUCAUGACAGUAAUAAUAAUAAUAUUGCUACUUAUAAUAAUAAUAAUAAUAAUGUAAUAAUAGUUAUCAUUUUAACAGAUGUGUCUUAAAAGGAUUUUCAAUUGAACCCAGAAGAGAAAUUGUCAUAUGUAUUAUUCUCUAUUUAAGUGCAUUCUUGAGGUGGAUUGGUGAGCAUAGUCUAUGUGUUGAUAUAUUUGGCUAACACAGGCUUGAAAAAAUUAAUAAACUUAAUUUGCUCUUUCCUAACAGUCAGCAGUGAGAACAAACUGUAUGGAUUUUGGAGAAUCUUCACAAUAGAUAUUUCUUGUUGAACAUGCACCAAUCAGUGAAAUUGUUAAUUUUCCUAUUCGUUUUUCAGGUGGACAUGGUUGUCCAUGGUGAAACAAAUGUAAUGGAGGAUGUAGAUGGUACAGAUCCUUAUGAAAUUCCUAAACAAAUGGGAAUUUUCAAAGUCAUUAGCAGUGGUUGCCCGCUCACAACAGCUGACAUUGUUGCUAGAAUAAUUAAACACAGGUUUGUAGCUAUCCAUUGCUGGACAACAUUUAACCCUUUAACUCCCAAGAUCUGAUUGUUAAUUCUCCCCUCUACCUGCUACACAUUUCCUUGUAAAUUAGUUAUAAGAACGUAAUGCUAGAUCAAGAUAGCAGCUUCUACCUGAUAAGUUUGAAUAUUCUCAUUACCUGUUUGCUUAAGAAUGUAUGGAUAUUGUAGGGAGAAGUUUUAUGUUAUUCACUUCUGGGAAUUACAGGGUUAAUAAUAGUAAUAUGACUUUUGCUUUGUUGUUUAAAUUUAUCAGUCAUUCACAGAGUGUAAGUAUUCUCUUAUCAUCUGCUUUGUACUUGAUGUUUGAAGAUUACAACUUUUUUCUCCCAGUUCAGCUUGCGCAAAUUAUUGUGCAACUAUUUUAACAUGGCCUCCUGAAAAUUUUCUGUUAACCAACUGAAAUGUGAUGCUCUACCCACCUCCCCUCCCCUCCCCCCAGUUUGUCAGUUGACUAGCAGAUCCUAUUCUCUCCCAACAAACUGAAAGUUUUUGGAAGAGAAGAUAACAACUUAUAGGCCGACUUGUUUUCUCCUCUUAAAUCACAACCCUGUAACUUAAAAGAUCUGACUGUUAAUUCUCCCCUCCAGCUGCUACACAUUUCCUUGUAAAUUGUUAACGAGAAUUUGCUGUUAGUUCAUGAUAACAACUUUUUCUACUUGUUAGGUUUGAUUAUUCUCAGUACCUAUUUGCUGGAUUAAGUACAGACAUUUGAGUGAGAAGUAACAUGUUAAUCAGUACUGGGAGCUAAAGGGUUAAAAUAUCCAAGUUUUAAUAACUUAAUGGAAGGCAGAAGGGUUGGCUGAUUGCUUUCAAGCUGUUGCUACUGACCAAUACAGGCCUGGUAAACAUUUGUAAGAAAUUUUUGCAGUAAUAUGUAGUAUUUAAUAGUUGUUUGAUUCAUGUUUCAUGUUUCUUUAGAAUGCUGUAUGAGGAGAGGAACAAAAAGAAAGAAAAGAAAGAAGCCGAUGUUUUUGCUGCCAUGGAAAGGAGAAAGUCACAAAAUCAGGAGAAGUCUUGA